CGCGCCGAGCCAGCGCCGGCAGCAUGAGGAGCGGCGGCGCCGCUGCAGCCGCUGGAUCCGCGGGACAGGCGGAGCAGAAUUGUCCUUCCCCGUGCUCGAUGGACCUGCAGCAUUGAUACCUGACAGCCUUGGUCAAGCAGCGUCGAUACCUUCUAAAGCGCUGUUUGGUGUUUGUUAGUGCUGUUCUUUUCAUGGUGCUGGGCAAAAACACUGCAGCUGCAUUUCAGAGCGUGUGUGUGGUGGAGAAACGAAAUUCUGCAGGGAAACUGAAGCAUGCUUCAUUCCACUUCUUCUUGCCGUGUGGUGUGCCACAAGUGAUGUGACUUUGCCUGCCCCGUCUGUAAAAUCAGGAAUAACAUGUGUGGAAGUACUUGCUUUUGUUGAUCGCCUGUACCCCAGCACAAGAGCUCCAGCUUAAUCAUUCUUUGCUCUCAGAACAUGGAGGAAAAUGAUGAUGAAAAAUACAAUCAAGCUGGCCAGGUAUUUGAAAACUUUGUACAAGCAUCAACCUGCAAAGGCACCAUUCAGGCCUUCAAUAUUCUCACUCGCCAACUUGACUUGGAUCCUUUGGACAACAGGAACUUUUACAGCAAACUGAAAUCGAGAGUGACCACAUGGAAGGCCAAAGCUUUGUGGAACAAGCUUGAUAAGAGAGCGAGUCACAAAGAGUAUAAACGUGGGAAGUCUUGUAUGAACACUAAGUGUUUGAUUAUUGGAGGUGGCCCCUGUGGCCUGAGGACUGCCAUAGAACUUGCCUUCCUGGGAGCCAAGGUUGUCGUGGUGGAGAAGAGGGACACCUUCUCCAGGAACAAUGUGCUGCAUCUCUGGCCCUUCACCAUCCACGACCUGCGGGGACUGGGAGCUAAGAAGUUUUAUGGGAAGUUCUGUGCAGGAUCUAUUGAUCACAUCAGUAUUCGACAGCUUCAGCUCAUCCUCUUCAAAGUUGCACUUAUCCUUGGAGUGGAAAUCCACGUGAACCUGGAGUUCGUGAAAGUCGUGGAGCCUCCUGAAGAUCAAGAAAACCAAAAGAUGGGUUGGAGAGCUGAAUUCCUCCCCAUGGAUCACCCUCUGUCAGAGUAUGAAUUUGAUGUUAUCAUUGGUGCAGAUGGCCGCAGGAACACGUUGGAAGGCUUCAGGAGGAAGGAAUUUCGUGGGAAGCUGGCUAUAGCUAUCACUGCCAAUUUUAUAAACAGAAAUACAACUGCAGAAGCCAAGGUAGAAGAAAUUAGUGGGGUUGCUUUCAUCUUCAAUCAGAAGUUCUUCCAGGACCUGAAAGAGGAAACGGGGAUUGACCUGGAGAAUAUCGUUUACUAUAAAGACAGCACCCAUUAUUUUGUGAUGACAGCAAAAAAGCAGAGUCUUCUGGACAAAGGAGUGAUUAUUAACGACUCCGUUGACACCGAGCUGCUGCUCUGUGGGGAAAAUGUGAACCAGAGCAAUUUGCUGUCCUACGCCAGAGAAGCUGCUGACUUUGCAACCAACUACCAGCUGCCUUCCUUGGAUUUUGCAAUUAAUCAUUAUGGCCAGCCAGAUGUAGCAAUGUUUGAUUUUACCUCCAUGUAUGCGUCUGAAAACGCUGCACUGGUGAGAGAGAGGCACAGACAUCAGCUCCUGGUGGCUCUCGUUGGAGAUAGUUUGCUUGAGCCCUUCUGGCCCAUGGGCACUGGCUGUGCAAGAGGUUUCCUGGCUGCCUUUGACACGGCGUGGAUGGUGCGGGGCUGGGCGCAGGGGAAGCCCCCGCUGGAGAUCCUGGCUGAACGAGAGAGCAUUUAUCGACUCUUGCCUCAGACGACCCCUGAAAACAUUAAUAAGAACUUUGACCAGUACACCAUUGACCCGGGAACAAGAUACCCCAACUUGAACUCGAGCUGUGUUCGACCUCACCAGGUGAGGCAAUUGUAUGUUACCAAUGAGCUGCAGCAGUGUCCUCUUGAAAGAGUGAGCUCCGUUAGAAGAUCAGUGAACCUCACAAGACAGGAGUCAGACAUUCGGCCUAACAAGCUGUUGACAUGGUGCCAGAAGCAGACGGAGGGAUACCGGAACGUCAAUGUCACUGACCUGAGCAGCUCCUGGAAAAGUGGCCUUGCUCUGUGUGCCAUCAUCCAUCGCUUCAGGCCUGACCUCAUCGACUUCGAGGCCCUGGACGAGGAGGACGCGGUGAGGAACAAUCAGCUGGCCUUCGACGUGGCCGAGAGGGAGUUCGGCAUCCCCCCGGUGACCACGGGCAAGGAGCUGGGCUCGGCCGGGGAGCCCGACAAGCUCAGCAUGGUGCUCUACCUGUCCAAGUUCUACGAGCUGUUCCGCGGCACCCCUCUGCGCGCAGUCGAUGCUGCUGAGAAGCAAAAUGGAGAAAAUAAUGAUCUUGGUUCACCAAAAUCAUCGAAUUUCAUCUUUAAUAAUUAUAUCAAUUUAACUUUACCAAGAAAACGAGUACCAAAGGCUGAAGGGAAAACAGAAGAAAAUGAGACGAACAAGAGGCGUCGGAAAGGACUCUUUGGUGUCUUUGAGCAGACUUCAGGCUUUCCAAGCCAGGGGACAAACAAUGGGAAAGAACAGAGUGAAUGCAGAGAAGGAACGAACCAGAACAAAGUCAGAUCAAUGGCAACUCAGCUGCUGGCAAAGUUUGAAGAGAAUGCUUCAAAUACGAUCCUGCGGAGACAGGAGCUAACAGAUAGACCAGCCCUGCUCUCCUCUGACCCUCCUGUUAAUCCUCGCUUUGCUAAGCCUAUGGAUCCAAGCCUUCUUCCACCUCAACCAAAAAGGCAGGGUUCUCUGCGGAAAGAAUUCCCCAAGUCCAUCGGGGGCAGUGACAUCUGUUAUUUCUGCAAGAAACGGGUCUAUGUCAUGGAGCGGCUGAGUGCAGAGGGCCACUUCUUCCACAGGGAGUGCUUCAAGUGUGACAUGUGUUCUACAACACUCCGCUUAGGAAUUUAUGCCUUUGAUGUUGAAGAAGGUAAAUUUUACUGUAAACCUCAUUUUACGCACUGCAAGAUCAGCACGAAACACAGAAAGAGAAGGGCAACAAUACAGAUCCAUGGAAAGGAGGCGAUAGACGCGUGGAAGAAAGUGGAAGCCAGACCCACAGAGAUCACCACAGAAAGCAGUUUGUCCACUGCUAGCAGUCCAGAGGACAGGUCCCCAGGCUGCUGCCUGCCCGUGGCUGAUGAGCCCACCUCCCCCAAGAAGGCGAGGAGCAUCCCUGAAGAGCAGGAGCUGGAGCCCUGGUUGUCCCCCCCUUCCCCCGAGUGGGCCAUCGUGAGGGUCAUCCCCGAGGAGGAGAUGGCUGAGCACAACCUCCUGGCAGUUCGGGUCAUGGUCACCAGUGAUGCCAGCAGCUCAGAGCUGGAGUCGGAUGUCCGCGGGGACUCCUCCUGCUCGGAGGUGGGUGAAGCCCAGCCCUGGCUGCCGGCGCCCCCCGCCCGCCCCAGCCCCAGCCCCAGCCCCAUCCCGAGGUGGGCAGCGCUCAUCAGGAGCGCCCCGGUGCCCGAGGACGGCUCCAGGACAUCCAAAGUGGCCGAUGCACUCCAGAGAGCCAACAGUUUUCAGUCCACGGCGUUAAAUAAGUAUCAGCACUGGAGGAGAAAAAUCCAAACGAGCUUUCCUCUGCUGUCCAGCAAGAAACCCGGGCUGCACGGGAAGGAGGGCUCAGCCAGCUGCCAGAGUGGGGCUGCAGAGGAGCACUCCCAAACCCAGUUGGCUUCCUACAAGCAGCCACCAGAAAUUCCAAGAGGACAUUUCAAACCCUGCAGCAGCCCAGUAUUUCCAAGGAAAGAAAAAGCCAGGGAGAUGCCUGCAGACCCACACUGCCAUGUUCCCCACUGUCCUUUUCAGAGCAGCCCCACGGGCUCUCCACAGAGCCCUGCUGGGAUGGAGACACUGCCUGCUGGUUUUUGUGAGCCUGAGGACACAGACAGUGACACUGGGACGUGCUCAGCCUGGGGCUGGAAGGGGAAAACACGGACAUGCACCUCUGAACCAGAGCGCUUCAACAGCAGGACCAGAGCUCUGCCAUCUCUGGAUCUGAGAGAGAAAGAUGGCAAAAAUACCAGGCAGCCAGAGGAAAAGUCUGAGCAAGAGUUAAAGGAGGGAAAGCAGAGGCUGGGGCUUGGUUCAGAGCAGCAGCAGCAGCCCCUGAAUGGCUCAGACAGGAGAGAGCCAGGGGCGAGCAGUGCGGGCUGGGGAAGGAGCAGAGCUCCCUGGGCUCUGCAGGAAAGGGAGGCUGGCUGGACAAGAGAGGGGUUCAAACUCUCUGGGGGCUCUGGGCCUCUCUUCUUUGCAGAUGGCUCUCCACCAGCUCCAGCAGUGGACACCAAGGGUGCUCUGAGGAUUCCAGAUGGGGUUUCCAGGGAGCGUGCAGCCCCCCAGCCCAAGUCCCCACUGAGGCUCAUAGCCAACGCUAUCAAAAGGUCCAUUUGGGAGCCUCUGACCUCAGCUCCAGAAGGAUCCAAGCAGGACUUGGACAGCAUAGCCAAAGCCUCUUCAGAACAAGCCUUCUUCAGCUUCCCCAGCACCCCUGGGUAUUCCUUAAGCCAAAGGAACAGGAACAACAAUAACACUCAGUCACUGCAUCCUGAAAUAAGGGAGUGGGUAGGAAAACAUGUAGGAGAUGGGAGCCCUUACUCAAAUCAGUCUCAUUCCUCUGUGGGCUCAGAAGGGAUAUCUCUAAGGGACCAGGAAUCCUUCACACCCCACAGGCCCUCCAAGACAGCCCAAAUACCUCAGCAAGCAGCUUGCACCAGGAUGGAGGAAGUGCCAGGACUCCUGGAAAAGUUUACCUUUGAAGACAGUCCUCUAGGGACUGCCGUGGAUGAAACGUGGAUCCGUAAGAACAAGUCCCCUCUCCUCUCAUCUGCAGAGCCCAGGGACAGUCUGGGUGACUGUGCACAAAAAGGGUCACUCCUCAACAGCCUGAGGAGCAAAGCUCAAGAGAGGGAACGGAAUUCCUUGGUGUCACUUCUGCCUGCCAUUAAGGACCAUUCUCCAGGGAGGCUGUGUUAUCCUUUCACAGGGUAUGAACACGUACCUGUCAGGAAACAAGCUCCUGAGUGUUCUACUUCAUCCUCUGAGGAGGAGUUUGAAUCCAAGCCUUCCUUAACACACAAGGCAAAAAGGGCUCUCAGGAAGAGGAGGAAGCUGGAGAAGGAGACAAAGCAGUUGAUUAAACAAGAGGAGCUGAAGAGGCUGCACAAAGCACAGGCAAUCCAGCGCCAGCUGGAAGAACUGGAGGAAAGACAAAGAACUUUGGAGAUUUUUGGUGUCCAGCUGGAGAGAGAACUAAGAGGAGAAGCAGACUCAGGCACAAAGGAUGAAAAUCAGAUGCUGCAUGAAUGGUUUGAGCUGGUCAUGGAGAAGAAUAAAUUAAUGCGUUAUGAGUCUGAGCUCCUGAUCAUAGCCCAAGAGCUAGAGUUGGAGGACCACCAAAGCAGGCUGGAACAAGAGCUGAGAGAGAGAAUGGCCAUGGAUGACAGCCUUAAAGAUGAGAUGGAUCUGAACGAGGAGGAUGAAAUUUUUACCGAGAUGAUGAAAGUGGUUGAAGAAAGGGACAGACUCGUUUGUGCCUUAGAAGAGCAGAGAGUGAAAGAAAGAGCAGAAGACCAACACUUUGAAAGCCUUAUUUUAUCUACAGGUUAUCAGCUGAGCAGGAUUUAAGCAGCCACAUGCCAAUAAACAUCCUUUCAGCAUGUUCCCUGACAUGGACAUACACUCCUCUGGGAAAUGAAGGAAUUCAAAUUUUAAAUCAACUUAUUUGGGAAGCACAUCAUUUUGUCAUCAAAAGCUUUAAAGCAGGUCUUUGCUCAGACCAGAGACAGGAAUGCACUGCCAGCUCAAGGGAUCACUGGGACACAGAUCUGCACUGAAUGUGCCUCUCUGACAGGCACCAGGGGCUGUGAAAGGGAAACCACAGCCCCAUUAUUCUCUGGGAAUUUUAUUUGAAUGCUGAGAGUAGAGUUUCUGAGGAACAUGAUGACAUCAUUUAGUAUUUCUGAGACAGCCUGACUUUCCAUCUGUUUGUCUGAAUCUCUGUGUGGCUUUGUUAAUAUUUUGGCACAGCCAAGCCAUGGUCAGCUAUAGAAAAGUCAGGAAACAAGAAUCUCAUAAAAAUAGGGUUAGUCUUUAUUUCUGGUGGAGGAAGAGUCAUUUGACUUAUAACUACAUAUGAGCACUUAGUAAAACUACUGUAAAGGCAAUGCCAGAAAUGAAUUUUUCAGGUAUUUAUCAGUUUUAUUGCACUGUGUAUUUUUGACCAAGAAGUUAAAGCAUUAUUAAAUCCCUGCAUUUUGUAAACUGGUAGGGGAUUAUCAAAGGGGUGACUAUCCUUACAGCUGUUACAUGCACAAAAAUGUUUCUGUAUAUCAGAGAUAUAUCAGAGACUAAGAUCUUUAAAGACAGAAAAAGGAAAAUUUAAAAAUAGUGAUUCAGACCCAACUGGACCACAGGGCAGACUUUACUGGGGCAUACUUUACAAUUUCUUCUUAAAAUGCAUCACAAAUGGUAUUGUUGGGUGUGAGAAAUGGUACAGCAGUUAAAGACCUCCCCAACAACCAUCCCAUAAAAGGACUGCAAAAAAUGUUGAGUUUUUAGUAUCAGCAUUUGAUAGAAAAUAUUGUGUGUGUAUUUAAAUUACAUUUAUCCUGCUGCUUGAGAAUAUAUGCAUAUUUUUUGCUUAAAGGGACCAUCUCCUAAUUUAAGUAACUCCUUAAAUCUGAGAUAAUUCUGCCAAUUUAAGAUUGGUAACAUUCCCAACUGUAUGUGUGAUGCACUAGAUUUUCAAACUGGAAAAAACAAGGGGAACCUGAAAGACUGUUUUUUUGACUAUUUUACCUCGUGCUCUGAGAAGAUUUGAUGUUCUCAUUGUUUUGUGAAUGGUGCUAAUUUGCAGCAUCUGCCUGUGGUACAGCCAAGGAUAGAAGCAUUCCUGUUAAAAAAGCUUUAAACUGAAAAUCCUCUUGGUGAGUACUGGUAAAGUGACAGACACACUGGGUCCUGUCCCAAUAAUUUCUCAGUUAUCUUUAGGGUUGGUUUGGUUUUGCUUUUGUUUUUCCUUCUGUACUGCAAGAAACUUGAAAUACACUUUCUAAAGGUAAAAGCAAGUUUUUGCUCUUGGUCACAGAUAAAUAAUAUACCUCUGUUGGUGCAAGCUUUAUACUAUUGCUCUGCAAUAUUUAUUUAUACCUAUUUAUUAGACUGUUUAGAGAGGGUAAGAGUGUCUGGUUGCAUUUUACAGUUUGGAUGUUGUCUCUGAUUUUGACUGAAAAAUGUGUAUUUCUAACAGCUGUGUACAGCAAAACUGUGCAUUGUAGAGUAGACAGCUUUAAAGGUUUACAUAGUUAGCAUUAAAAUAUGAAUUAAGCUUUUAAACAAUGUUCUCAGUGACUGUAACUUGGAGGGAUACCCUUAAAACACAGCACUCAGGGCUUUAACAUAUAAUUUGUCUUCCAUCCCAGUGAAAAGACAGUGGAAGAAAUCCUUAAAGUGUUCCAAAAUAACCACCAGGCUUUUUUUUUUUUCCCUCUCAUUCAUGGGCUAAGCAUACCUGAUCUUCAGGUGACAUUUUUACUGAGAUGGAUUGCAGUGAUUGAUUUUUUAAACUAACUCUAUUACUUAAGACUGACACAAAGUAGGGGAGGCAGAGCAGCAACACAUAUUUUCAUUUUCUCUGUCAAGAUCUGCUGGCAUUUCCAGUUUGGUGGAGAAAAUUUCUGGGUUUUAUCACUGUCCCCAGUCCUCCCUCAUGCAGUCCUGUAGAAAAAGACAGUCUAGGAAAUGUCAUCGUUUUCUGUGAAAGUCAUAAAAAAAAAGGUUUGAAAGCAAAAUUCUUAGAGCUUUGCAAAGGAGAAGAAUUCUGCAGAAAUCUCCAGUUAUAUCAAAGAUUGCUUUUCUGACCUCACUUUUACAAUUAAGAAGUCCCAUUCACAUUAUUUGCUGUUGCAAAUAAGCCCUGAGAUUUCAGUUUACAGCAGAUAGAUAGAUGCCUGUCCAGCUACAAAACCAAGCUCCAAAGGGUGAUUUCCAAAGUAUCAGAGUCUGCAGAAGCUGAGGGCCAUCAGAACUUCAUGGACAUCCAAAGCAUUCUUUGCUAAAGAAGCACUUUUCUGGGUGCCCUGUGGUGGUUACACAUGUUCCACCCAAAACUGUCUGCUCUUGGGUGGAAAAACCUGUCAGGCUACUGCUGCCCUGCCUGAUGUUAAGUACCUCACAAGAUUAGAUCCAAAAAUAAACUGUGCAAGGGGUUUAGAAAAUCAUCAUAAGUCAUUUAAAGCAGGUCUUUGUGUAUUGUGAGAGUAGAAAAGGGGUUAAAAAAAGCAGAAGCUGUGUGUACUGUUCAAUUUCAUGUGGUUGCCUUCUACCAGAAAUGUACUUAAACACUGGUUUGGUUAUCAGUUUUCUUGCUGCUCAAUCUUUUCUGAAACUUGGCUCACUAAUUUAUAAUAGAUUUGUUCAUUUUCAGGUUGAUGGCACUGUCAUUUUGGGGUAUAAUGUGAUGUGCUGGAAUGUCCUGAGUGUGUCUAAACGGGCAGCUUGUGAGAAAUUAUCUAUUUGAAAUAAUAAAAUUCUGGUUCAUUCUUGAA